UUAGCCUCCCAUUCUGAUGCGUCUUUUAAACGUAUCAUGCAAAUAUUCAUAUGAACUCAUUUAUCUUUCUGGUUCCACAAUCCUUUUUGGAAUUUUUAAAAAAACUUCUAAUAACUUCCAUCUCACUUGCUCUUAAUAAUUUUUAGUUCUACUGUUUUCCCAGUUAAUUGCAAAUAAUGGUUGAGCUACAGGGUGAUAUCUUCUUCUUUCAGAGCCAGCAAUUUAUCUGAAGUUGCAAAGGUGGAGGUCUGCCAAGUGGUAGCUCACAAACAAGCUUAAUCCUGUAAGUUACAGGAAUGGCUCUGGGUCCGAUUAAGAAGGUUGUCUUAGGUUCAGUUGCCUUCGCUGUCUUUUGGAUUUUGGCAGUUUUCCCAGCAGUUCCUUUCUUACCCAUUGGAAGGACAGCAGGUUCCAUCCUCGGGGCAAUGCUUAUGGUUAUCUUCGAAGUCAUCACCCCUGAGCAAGCAUAUUCUGCCAUCAACCUCCCUGUACUGGGCCUUCUCUUUGGAACCAUGGUUGUAAGCAUCUAUCUUGAAAGAGCAGACAUGUUCAAGGACUUGGGAGUCUUGUUCUCAUGGAAGAGUUGGGGUGCGAAGGACAUGCUCUGCCGGAUCUGCAUUGUUUCUGCCAUUUCAAGUGCUCUGUUCACUAAUGACACCACCUGUGUCAUUCUCACUGAGUUCAUAUUAAAGAUUGCUAGACAAAACAAAAUUCGACCCGAACCUUUCUUGCUUGGGUUGGCUUCGAGUUCGAAUAUUGGAUCCUCUGCAACUCCAAUCGGCAACCCUCAAAACUUGAUAAUUGCUAUUAAAAGUGGCAUCUCUUUCGGGGAAUUCGUAUUGGGACUUCUUCCCGCGGUGCUUUUCGGUGUCUUUGUGAAUGCUUUAAUUCUUUUAUGCAUGUUUUGGAGGUUGUUAUCUGAUGUUAAGGAGGAAGAAGAUGCCCCACCUGUGUUGUUAUCUGAUGUUAAGGAGGAAGAAGAUGCCCAUCAGAUUUCGCUUGCUACCAUGUCAUCUUCCAAAUCUUUGGAAUCUCACGAAUAUCCCAUUACAGAACCUGCGAGCUCCCAGAGUUCCCCUGAUAUAAACAGGGAUGGAGGUCAUUCCAAGAAUCUUAAAAACAGGUUGAGUGAAUUGGAUAUGUGCAGUGAUUCCUGUGGUGAAAUUGAGCUGAAGAAAUCAGUCCUUUCAAAGGAGGCAACUGAUAAUAUGUUUUCUAAAAAAAAAGAAGAGCAAAUGGAGGAAAGAUUUGCGAGGGGUGGAGCACAAGGGACCAUGGAGAUGAUGACUGAUUUAGAGUCCGGGUCGCAACAGUUCACUGAAGAAAGUAAGCUGAAUAGAUGGAAGAGAUUGUCAUUGAAGUUGUGUAUUUACCUCGGUACUGUUGGGAUGCUGGUUGCUUUUCUAAUGGGUUUGGACAUGUCUUGGACUGCACUCACAGCAGCCCUCUUUUUUGUGAUUCUUGAUUUCAAAGAUGCAGGGCCUUGUCUACAGAAGGUUUCAUACUCUCUUCUGGUAUUCUUUUGUGGAAUGUUUAUCACGGUUGAGGGCUUCAAUAGAACAGGAAUUCCUAGCAGUCUCUGGAGUUUGAUGGAGCCUCAUGCACCUAUCGAUCAUGCUAGUGGGAUUGCUGUGCUGGCCAUUGUAAUACUUGUUCUCUCAAAUGUUGCGUCGAAUGUACCAAGUGGUAAGUUGAUGCCCUGAUUCUCUUCCUUUGAUUAACUACAGCACUACGGCUUUAUAGUCUUAAAGAAGGGCAAUAGUAAUUUCCAGUUAAUAUCACUUCAUGGUAGACAAUGGAGGUCUCCAUCUGGUA